AUGGACAGUCAAACAUCAUCCCAACCAACCUCUCCAGUUCCCCAAGCUACAACACAACAGCCGUUAUUGCAACAACCAUUAUCAGUAACAUCUAAUGCACUCACACCCGCUACAACUGCAGUUGUUACAUCAACAUCACCAAAUGUUGUAGCUAUACCUGUCCCAGUUGUUCCACCACCGGAUGAUAUUUACACUUAUAUAUGCGUAAAAGGUUCUUUACAUGAUGUUAAUUCAUCAAUUUUUGGUUUGAAUGGCGAAGAAAUGUCUGCAAUGUCCAAACGAUUUUCAAAGGGAACAACUGAAAUUGUUAAUGGCAUUAUGGUUAGGGGGCCUCCAAUUGAGGUUAUUAAUACAUUAAGUAAAUUAGGUUAUAAAGUUGUUUGCAGCACUGGUGAAGUAGAAAUUGUAUGGACAAUGCAAAGAGAAGCAUAAAACAU